AUGGGGACGGUUCAUGCGGUGGAGGCGAAUCCUCAGAAAGCUGGGGCGUCUGUUGGGUAUAUUCCUGCCCCAAGCAUGGUGCAACCCCCGGUCGCCGGUCAACCCCCACCGGCUCAACAAGAACCCCCGCCACAGAAAGAAGAUGACGGUCCAGGGACGUUCGAAGAUCUUCAUAAAGCAUGUAAAGGUACUAACUGUCAGGCAGGGUUCAACCUGACCCCAGGGGCUGGCGGUCUACACCUCAGCUAUCACCACAAACUGGACAAACAGGUCCAGAUGGGGGUUGAGUUGGAGACCAGUUUAAGAAUGAGGGAAAGUGUCGCCACUUUUGGGUACCAAGUAGAUUCUGAAGAUGGUAGUACGACUUUUAAAGCUCAAGCAGACACAAAUUGGUGUGUAGGAGCAACAUUGGAAAAGAAAUUACUACCUAUGCCCUUCUCACUUAUACUUAGUGGAUUUGCUAACCACCCAAAGUCUUCCUACAGGUUUGGUAUAGGAUUUAUGGUUGGAUAGCCUUUCUUGGACACAGUGCCCUCUAUUGUGCACAGGUGGCAACUAGAAUGUUUAAAUGCUGCAUGAACAUGACACUUAGGAAAUUGUUGUAUAUUAUUGGAGAGAACUUGAGUUGUGGAUAGAAAUAUAUGUGACAUUUUAAGGAUGUUACUCUCUUGUCAGAGGACAGCAGGGUAAUGGGGCAUCUUUGUUUUUUUAUGCACCAACAGAGCUGUAUGUCUUCUUUCAGAAAGAUGACAGUAACAGUGUCUGGCAUUCUCACUGCUUUUUUACUGCCAAUACAAAAUGGACCCAUUUUUCUUGGGUUAGAAGUUGGUAUUUUUACAGUGUAUUCGUAUUUAAAAAUUAUAAAUUAAGUAUGUCGUUUCAUAAUGGCAUGUGAGAUAACAGACAAAUUGCCAAAGGUAAACACAUGAAGUGCUUUUGAACGGGUUCUGCUGCUCAUCUUACUUAUGCCGAGAUAUAUGAUAGAAGAUGAAUCAGAGGGGAAAAUUGUAUAUUAUGUAUUAUUCUUAGAGCAAUUGAUCAUCACAGUAAUGGAAACCAGACAGGUAUGAUAUUGGUCACAGGUUUGUGAAUUUGUUAAGAGCCAGCUGAAGUACGCAUUUGGAAUAAGUUUUGUUUCAGUAUUGCUGUAAUGAUUAUAUAUAUUAUAUAAGUUUCCCACAAAGUGAUAUAUAUAUAUGCCUUAAUUGAAAACCAACCUUUAUUACUUUAUCACCAUGUCUGUCACAGGAAAGUGCAGAGACAUGCCAGUAACUCAGUAAGCAUUUUUUUAUAAUUUUUUAUCCCAGCAAGAUCUGAAAGUUGUUGUGCAUGUCUGUAAAGUAAGAUCCUAUUAAGUGUCAGUUAUUUGGGAAAAAACAUUUGAGGUGCCUACUUUAGGGUAUACUUCACAUAAGACAUAAUCUCCAUAUACUUGAGACCAAAAUUGGCCAAAAUUUUUUAUCAUGUGGAUAGUACAUUGGUAGUUGUCUACUUAGAAGAUAAUAUUUUGGGCCGUUUUCUUCAAAGUAUGAUAUGUCUGAUGUGAUGGACUAACAGUUAACAACUAUUAUAGCAAACCACUCCACCUUUAUCCUGAAUAGUAAUUAAGAUGUUCUUAAUUGUGUGGCUGUGUCCUAUAGUCAAAUUGAGAACCUUGAAAAAUCUUACUUUUGUGCUCUUUUCAAGCUUGUUCAAAUUGUUUGUUGAUUUGUUUACCGUAUAUCAUGCUAAGUUUUCAUACACAUGAAAGAAGUUUAAAUUAAAGAUAAGAUAUAAUUAUUAUUAUUGUUAUUAUUCAGUGCUGAUUUAAUACUUUUAAUUGCUGGAUUAUAUAUCAGCAUUUCAAUAUUCAUUCCAUUUCAAAACGAUAUAAUUAUUCAACCUAAUAUUACAUUGUUCCAGCCAAUAUACUUUCAUAUCUGCCUCUGUUAUGCUAAUGACUUGCCUUUUAAAACCAAUUGUAAUACACUUUUCUCUUUAUAUGGCUAGAAGGUGAGGGUAAAUUGUCUGUCAUCUUAUAUUCCUGUCUUGAAGAGCGACAUUGCUCUGUUAAAUAUAAUCUAAAAGAUCAGAAAGGUUUAUUAAGUUAACACAUAAUUAGCACGCAUUUGUAUAAAGGGGUUUUAUUGAAAUGUAAAUGAUGCAUAUUAAAUUUAAUUUGCCUGUAAAA